AUGUCCAUGUCUCGAGCUUCCACCCGCUCUCCAUCAGGCCUCAACCGCCGCCCGACCAUGGACCGCUCAGCCUCACACACCGGCACCAGUCCAGCUGCCUCGUCUCCCCUGCAGUCGACCUUUGGGGGGCGCAUCAACGGCUCGCCAGAAGAGGACCGCCUGACCAUGCGAGAUCGCGAAAAAGACAGGCCAGAUGAAAAGGGAUCUACAAGGGGCAAGGCUGGUGGUGUUGGCGUUGGCGUUACCAGACCAAAGCGGAGACUGAGCAGUCUUCCCAACUUGAAACCCAAACUCAAUAGAGCCAUGUCUGCGACCUCUGUCCACUCCCCGCCCCAGUCACCGCUGGGCGAACCCACACAUAAUCCCUACCGGACACUCCAACAACAGUCCUUCCACAACAACGCCCAGUCGCAUGGGUCUUCCACUGGCUCGUCUACGGCCAACAACUAUAAAACUACCUACAAUAGGCAGAACCCACCACGGAUGGAUGAAAAGGUCGGCAUGGUCGGGUACGCGACUGCUAUGGCAGCUGCUAGCAGAGAAAAGGAAGGGCCGCCCAAACUCUGGGGUGUAGAGCUGAAAUGGAUCUCUCUGAUCACGCUCGCCCUGCAAAACGCCCUCCUCACAAUCAUCAUGCACUAUUCGCGGAUAACAGCCUCGCCAAACCGCACCUACUCUGCUGCCGCUGCUGUUCUCGCAAACGAGCUGCUGAAGGGUACUAUAUCCCUCUUUAUCGCGCUGACACGAAUCGACAAGGACUUGACCACUUCUCCCCCACCUGCGCUGUAUGGCGAAAAGGGCGGCGACGAUGACAACCGUCUCAGCAAGCUCCCCACCAUCUUUCACGCCAGCCGGUUACGCACGCUUUCCACUGCCAUCUUUUCACCCGACUGCUACAAGCUGUCUGUCCCCGCCAUUCUCUAUGUCAUCCAGAACAACCUGCAAUACGUUGCCGCGUCCAACCUCGACGUUGCGACGUUCCAAGUCACCUACCAGAUGAAGAUUCUUACGACAGCCUUCUUUUCGGUUCUACUGUUGCGCAAGCGCCUGACGCGGGCCAAGUGGGCGAGUCUCAUCUUGCUGGCUGUAGGCGUCGGUAUCGUGCAGAUCCAGUCGACUUCGGCUCCUGCUGCCGUGCACACUAGCCAUGCGGGCCACGAGCACGGGCUCCGAUCCGAAAUCCCUCCCGACCACAACAUGGCCACAGAGCGCGUGAUGCACCCCAUGAGAGGCUUCAUCGCCGUCACUCUGGCGUGUCUGACCUCGGGCCUGGCGGGUGUCUAUUUCGAAUUCAUCUUGAAGGGAUCGUCGAGCUCCAACUCUCCCCCGCCAGACCUGUGGAUCAGAAACACCCAGCUCUCGCUCUUUUCUCUUAUCCCUGCGCUGGUGCCGAUUGUCGUCAACCCCUCGGGACCUGAUGGCGCUGGGUAUAUCACCAAAGUGCUCGGGUGCUUUGACAAUUUCAAUGGGUGGGCGAUUGGGACCGUAUUGACGCAGACGCUGGGUGGUUUAAUCACUGCAUUGGUGAUUCGAUACAGCGACAACAUCAUGAAAGGAUUUGCGACGUCCCUCUCCAUCAUCAUUUCCUUCAUGGCAUCUGUCGCCCUCUUCUCGUACCCCAUCACCCUGACAUUCGUCCUCGGCGCCUCCACCGUCCUCUUUGCAACCUACUCUUACAACGCCCCCACCCCGGCCAACGCUAUCGCCCCCCGCACUUCCAUCGCUGUCGCCCCCGGCUCCCCCAUCACCACCUCCGCCCCCAUCCUCGGCGAACCCGAAAAACCCAGCCGCGCCUCGAGCGUGAUCAACCUCCUCGGCUUGGGCGGCGCGUCCAACGCGGGUUCAAGGAAGCCGAGUAUGACGGAUGUCAGAGGUUACGCGGGGACGGGCGGGAGUCAGCUGGGGCUGAGCUCGUAUCCCCAGUCGGGGUCGGUAUCGGCGUCUGCGCCUGGGACACCGGCGAUGAGUAGCCAGAGUGGGUAUAGCGGGAGGAGCAGUCCUGCGGCGGUGCCGAAUACCAAUAUGCACGGGGGACCUGGUACGGGUUUCCAGCGAGGUACAGUGGGGGACAAGGUCAGGCCGAUAUUGAGCCUGGAUAUCGACAGGAAGCAGGGAUAG